GAGAGAGAGAGAGAGACACGUGAGAGGACAACCUUCCGCAAGACGUCGAAGAAAGGAAAAGGAAUACCGAUAUGCGGCUGAUAACGGCGAUAGGCGCGAUCGUUCUGUUCUUGAUCGGAUCUUGCACGGCCAAUCAUGACUUUCUGACAAACGCUUUGAACGAGUGUGUAAAGGCGGAAUCGUGGACAUCUUGCUUGAAGCAUCGAGCUUUAGACUUUCUCGAUGCCAAACUGGGAAUCACCACGGAAGCGAGAUCACUCGAAACCAUCGAUGAAGCGAUCGUCGCCAGAACCUUCAAAUAUCUGAAAAGUUUCGAUUAUGGUGUUGACUUACCUUUCGUCGAUGCUAGUUUAAAGUAUAGACCUAGCAGGAGCUUAGCUGAUCUUGAUGUCGAAUUCAAGGAUAAUGACGUAGUCACCAAUCAAGCUCGAGGACUUUUAAAGAAGAAGCUUCUGUUACCGUUCUUAUUGCUGUUGAAAUUGAAAUUGAAAGCCUUAAUGCCUAUCUUCGUCGCCAUUAUUGGAUUAAAAGCGUUAAAGGCUCUUGUCCUAUCGAAACUCGCCAUUCUUAUUGUGAUCGGAUUCGUUGCUAUGCAGCUUUUCAAAAAAGGCGGCAUGAUGAUGCCAAUGGGUAUGUCCAUGGAACCGGCAUCGACUUACGGUGCUCCACCUUUGCCCUCGACGACGUCGAGCUAUGAUCCUGUCAAUACGUGGGAUGGCAACGGCCCUUAUUCCCGCGUUUGGACGCCAACCAAUAGUGUGGAGGCUCAAAAUCUUGCUUACAGUUAUUACUCACCCAGCAGCAGCUCCAGUUCGUACAACUCGGUAGGAUCUUCUUCAUCGUCCUCGUCUUCGAGCGGCUCAACAAACUACAACUGAACUCGUUCUAAUGUCCCACUAACGAUGCAUCGAUCGAUCGCCUGAUGUUGCCCUCGUUAAACGCAUUCCCGAUCGUACAUCGGCAAAUAAAAUACGACCAAAGAAACGUACGCCAAAUAAUCAAGUAGCUCGCAAUUGAAUUCGCUGACGCGAAGUCAGUUUUGUUUUAAUAAGAACGCCGCAUUUAAAGACUGUCGGCUCUGUGCCGACUAUAAUCGUAGAAUCGUUUUAUCGAUUCAGCAAAACUCGCAUCGAGCUGAUAGCGGAUUCGUUAGCUUAUCGAGAAAUUAGUUGUAUUAAUUAAAUUUUCGAUUAGGUUUAAGAAUCCGGAAUAUUUCCUCUAAUCCCGAGAUUCGUAAUGCAUUGACAAAUAGAAUUAAAUCAAAUUAAAUUCUUUCGCAAAAAGAACAUAUUUAUAUACGCUAUAAUUGCGAAAUAUCGACAAAGUUUGUCAUACUUUUUGAAUGUAAAAGAAGAUAACUAGCAACAAUUAUCUUUGCAUGUAUAUUAUACAUGUAAAGCAUGCAAAGAAUAUAAUUUUCAUCAAUAUCAGGUUAUGCUAUCAAAUAUAUCCACGAGAUAAUACAAGAUUAUUCCUUCGUUGGACAUUGACAUUUAUCUUUCGUGUGACAUAAUUAUUUAUUAUAUUAUUAUUACUUUUGCAUUUGUUAAUAAGAGCAUUCUUGUAAAAUUGAUAUUUAUCUUCUUUGAUAUAUUCUCUUUUUUUCUUCCUUCUUCUUUAAUUUCAUUUCUGUGAGACACUUUUUUCAUAGAAAUGGGAAGAAAGAGUAUUUUUUAAUACAUGUAUAUGUAAUAAUAUGUGCAUGUGUAUUUCGCAAUGGAAAGAUUUCCCAGUCUC